AUGGCAGCUCCGUUAGUGGCUCCAGGUUUCAGGUUCUAUCCCAGGGAUGAAGAACUCUUGAGUUAUUUGCGGAGAAAAGUGAGUGGACGUAAGAUUGAGCCGGAUAUCAUUCCAGAAAUAGGUUUGUACGAUUGCGAGCCAUGGGAUCUACCUGAUAAGUCUCCUCUGUCCAAUGGAGAUUCGCAAUGGUAUUUCUUCACUCUUCUUAAGAGAAGGUAUCAUACUGGUUCACGCAUAAACAGGGCCACUAAAGCUGGUUACUGGAAAGCAAGUGGGAGGGGCCGUAAGAUUGCCUCACAGUUGGGUGUGAAGAGAACCCUAGUCUUCUACACAGGCCGCACUCCACAGGGGGAACAAACAGAUUGGGUGAUGCAUGAAUAUUCUCUAGAUGGCGCAGCUGGUUUGCAGGAUACUUUUGUCUUAUGCCGUAUUUUCAAGAAAAAGGGAACAGAGCAUAAGAAUGGUGAACAGAAUGACGCACAGAUAGAAAAUAAUAUAGAACCUACGCCCUCACACGCUUAUGUUCAAGGGUGUCCAGAUGCAGCGUUGAACGUGCCAAUAACUUUGAUUGGAUCUCCUCAAACUCCCCACUCCUCUCAAAACCUGGCAGCUCAGACUCUCUACGAACUCGAGCAUAGCCGUGGUGAAAGAGGCACAGUUCAGUUCGAUGCUGUCAAUGGGGUGGGUACCAAUCCCAGGAGAUUUAACACCAACACCGCUACCAACGAAGAGGAGAUGAAAUAUAUGGCGGAGGUUUUCGAAAAUGUGAAAGACACUGAGGAAACUGGGCACUUUGAUAAUAGGCAAAACUCUGCUAGUAUGGACACUGCCCCUCUUGACCAUUCUGCUCAUCCCGAGCAUCACAACUGCUCUAAAUGUGACAAGACGGCAGAGGAGCUCAUUAGUUUCAAAAAAGGCUUCGAGAAGAUGACAGAGGAGCUCAUCAACCUCAAAGCCGAUGUAGCAAAGAUGGUUGAUCUCUUCCAAUCCAACUCUACUAUGCAGGAGAAUGUGACAGCACUACUUCGUAUGUUGCAGAAGAUGGAAUUCAAAAAGCAUGGAGAUGACAAAGGUGCAAGUUCAAGCAAUCACAUGCAGCUGAUUGAAUUUUUGUAA